AUGAGUAAGUUUGGCGCCAUGGUGAUGGGCCCUGCGGGUGCCGGCAAGUCAACAUUCUGUGCCGCUCUCAUUACCCAUCUGCAAUUGAACCGACGAUCCGCCUUUUACGUCAAUCUUGACCCGGCAGCCGAGACUUUCGAACACACACCGGAUCUCGAUAUCAAGGAGCUCAUCUCUUUACACGAUGCCAUGGAAGAAGUCGGGCUGGGGCCCAACGGAGGUCUCAUAUACUGUUUCGAGUUCCUAAUGGAGAACCUAGACUGGUUGACGGAGGCCAUCGACAACCUGACCGAAGACUACCUCAUCAUCUUCGACAUGCCAGGGCAGAUCGAGCUCUACACCCAUGUACCCAUCCUGCCAGCACUCAUGAAGUUCCUCUCCCAGCCAGGCUCGCUCGACAUCCGCAUGGCCGCUGUCUACCUUCUCGAGGCAACUUUCGUCGUCGACCGCGCCAAGUUCUUCGCAGGUACCCUGAGCGCCAUGAGCGCCAUGCUGAUGCUCGAGGUGCCACAUAUCAACGUCCUCUCCAAGAUGGACCUGGUCAAGGGUCAAGUGAAGAAGAAGGACAUGAAGAAAUUCCUCACGCCAGACACGGCCCUUCUAGACGACGACCCCAUGGAGCGCUCGAGACGCAAGGCUGGCGGGGCCGACGAGGAUCUAGCCGACGAGGCAAAGCGCCCGGACGAGAAGGACCAGGUAAUGAAGGGUGCCAGCUUCCGACGGCUGAACCGGGCUGUGGCCGGCCUGAUCGAAAGUUUCAGCAUGGUGAACUUUCUGAAGCUGGAUGUGACCAAUGAGGACAGCGUCGGUGCCAUUUUGAGCUACAUCGAUGACUGUAUACAGUUUCACGAGGCUCAGGAGCCUAAAGACCCCAACGACGAGGAAUUUGAGGACCAUGAUGAUGAAGCUGAAGAGUAG